GUUGACUGAUGAAGUUGCUGAGAUGACUUGUAAAUUCUCCUCUGCUCAGAUUGAGAAAGUCUCCGGUAGUCCAACUUUGAAACUCCCUCAUUUAUUCAAUCUAACUCCAAAUUCAUCGGGGAAAGGCAACCAAGCACCAAAGCAGCAUCCUGUAGGUAGUCAAACCAAUCAGGAAACUUUGCCAGCCCCAAAAACAGUUUCACCUCCAUUUACAAUUGAUGAAGAUGGUGAAGCACAAGAGACUGAUGAUUAUUAUGCUCACAACAUUCGUCGUUCUGUUCGUGAAGCUGCACUAUCAAGCUCAUCAAGCAACUCAGAAUUGUUGCAGGAAAGAAGCAGUGAUGAUGGUUCUGAACACUUCUUUAUACCUCUAUCAACAACAGAUGCUGCUUCUCAGAAAGAAAUCGACUAUGUUCCUAACUGGAGAAAUCAACAACUGGUUUUCUCCUCACCACCAGAAGAUCAGGCCCCGAUGAACAUGACAGAUCUUUCCUGUAAUGCCAAUAGCCAGCAAAGCUUCAUUCCAGAUAUGUUAAAUAGAUUGAAUGGACUGAAGGAGAACAAAAACCUGGCCAGGCUGUUCCAACCAUCCACUGAAAAAAUACAAAGAACGCAUCCUGAAGCUAACAACACUCUGGAUCAAGUUUUCUCACCUCCAUUGUUACUGGAAUCAUCAUUCUUCCAAGAUGCAUACGAGGACUUGCUUGGUAUGGUUAAUAUUUCCAGGCAUGUGUUGGUAUAUUUUUUCAAACUGCCUAGUGUGGGUGUUGAUUUUGGUCUUCACUGUCCGCUCUGUUGGCUGAGUGCAUUGCUCAUAGUUCUUGUUCCUGAUUACUACACCGCUAACUGUGGCAACCAUUUUCUUUUCUUCUGCAGCACCAUUAUCUGA